AUGUACACUGAUCAUCAGGGCACUAAUGAUCAGUGUGCCCUGAUGAUCAGUGUAGCCCCAGCAGUGCCACCUGUCAGUGUCCAUCUGAGCAGCCUUUCAGUGCCACCUAUCCGUGCUGCCAGUCAGUGCCAGCUAUCAGUGCGCAUCAGUGUCGCUUAUCAGUGCGCAUCAGUGUCGCCUAUCAGUGCCGCCUAACAGUGCCAUGUCAGAUAUGAGUGCUGCCUUUCAGUGCCCAGCAGUGAUGCCUGUCAAUACCCAUCAGUGCCACCUACCAGUGCCUCCUAUCAGUGCCCAUCACUGCAGCUCAUUCACGCACAUCAGCG